GACACUGACGCGUGGGCUCCACUUGAGCAAGCCGUCGCGACUGGACAUGGCGCGCUGCUCCCCGGCGAAGCCGCUUUGCACCACCGCCGCGGCCCCGCGCCCCUCUCGCCGCCGCGGUCUGCUCAUCAGCGCCUCUGCUUCCCCGGCCACGACAUCAACAAGAACGCACCGGCUGUUGGCCCUACCGAAGCCGCCUAAACCACCGCCGCCGCCGCCUCUCCUCCCGCGCCCAAGGCUCCCCAUCUCCAACGAAGCCCCCACCAACGGCAAGCCAGACGACCGCCGUGAACCAUCGACGGGCGCGGCGUCCUCUGGCUCUGGGUCGUCCUCGGGCGCCGGAGACGUGCUCCGCCUCAUGGGCUUGCUCCGCGUCGCGCCCGACGAGGACGUCUACGUCUCCCUCCUCAGGGGCUCCGUCGACGCCGCCGAGGUCGCCGCCGUGCACGCCCACGUCGCCGCACGCGCCGCGUCUGGCCUCCCCCUCCCGCUGGCCAACCGGCUGCUGCUCGCCUACGCGACCUGCGGUGACAUGUCCGCCGCCCGCAAGGUGUUCGACGAAAUUCCCGUGAAAGACGGCAUCACGUGGGCGACCAUGGUGUCCGCCUACUCUGAUGGGUGUUUCCACGACGAAGCGAUAAGGCUCUUCACCCGCAUGUGCCAAGAAGAACAGGGGCUUGCUGGUGAUCUGCUUGGCCAUGCCAUUGUGGCAGUGCUGCGGUCAUGUGCUCGGCUGAGCAGAUUAAGGGGCUUUGGUGAGCAGGUACAUGCGCUCGUCGUCAAGACAAAGAGAGUCUGCGGUGAUACUGGUAGUUCGCUGCUGCAGCUGUACAUCGCAAGUAAUCAGCAUGACAGUGCGCGGCAAGUGCUUCAGGCGAUGAGGUGUUGUUCCCAGGAGCCAGUGCCCGAGGCAGCCUGGACUAGCUUCAUGACAGCUUGCCACCGAGAUGGACUGCUGGAUGAGGCCAUCUACGUCUUCAGGGACAUGGUGUCCUCCGGAGUCGCCAGGAGCAGCUUCUCCCUGUCUACUAUCCUUGCGGUAUGUGCAGAAUCAGAGAACUGCAGGUGCUAUGGGCAGCAAGUGCAUGGUGAUGCCAUCAAGCACGGCGUGGAAACAGACCAGUUCGUUGUGUCUGGGUUGGUCCACAUGUAUGCGAAGCAAGGAAGGCUUGCAGAUGCCGCGAGGGCAUUUGAGGCAGUGGGUGGCAAGCCUGACGCGGUGUGCUGGAAUGCCAUGGCCAUGGGGUAUGCACGCGGUGGGUGGUACAGAGAGGCCACCAGAAUGAUGUACCAGAUGAAAGCUGCUGGACUGGAUCUUCCUGGACUAAAUGUGGUUGGAAUGGCCUGCUCCAGGUGAGCUGCCGAAUGCGAUCGUUGACUGCUGCACUGCACAUCUACGUUGAGGACUAGCCUGCAUGGAAUGCAAGCAUUAAGUGGAGGUCAGUAUCUAGCAAUUGGAAAACAUCUAUUCUUGCCUGCAACAGGUGAUUAAGGUAUGACCAUAAUGUGAUGUCUUCAUGAACAGUACAAUCAUAUAGAAGAGAAAGGCCAUCAAAAAUAUCGUCUCCAAUGCCUUGCUUUAGCCACCUGCUGCCACCAUCUUUGGCAAUGUCAUUAUGCAAUGGCGGAGGUACACGAACUCUGCCUUGGGCGGGGGGACCGGGACGGGACAGAAUAUGAGAGUUCAAGUUUGGGGGGACCAAACAAUAAUUUUUUUUCCCACCUAAGCUCUCACUUAAAUAUUUCUUCAGAGGAAGAGUUCUAUGCCAUGACAUGGUUUAGCAAUUGGGCUGUGGAUGGCGAUCACAUUUCACAGCUCACAGGACUCUUUGGAGGCUGAAGACUUAUCUUCUGAAGUCAGCUGCAGGGAUGAUGCAACUUGGGUUGGUGGUAUCUGAAGUCCAAAGUGUGCAGGCCAUGAACUUUGAGUACUAGUGGCGCGACAUGUUCUUCCUUCUCUGCCGCGGCAACAUAUAUAGAUAUGUGUUACCUGCAUCACGCCGAUCUGAAUGAAGGCGGCUCCAAGGAUGUUGUACUGCUGUGUCGGCGCGUAAGCUGACUGCAGGGUGUUUGACCGGUGAGUCUUAGGUGGCCGGCGAGCAAGCCAAGAAGGAGAUGGUCUAAUGGGGCGGUGCUACAGGAUGGGAGCGACCUCAACUCGGCUCAGCCUGAUGCGGGUGUUGGUUUCGAUCAGACAGCAAUCCGCCACACGCACGCUAACAUUAUUGCUUUGGUUUAGGAGCGGCUUGGUGGUGCUGUACUCAGCUGACAUCUUCAAUCCUGACCCCCUCUCGAACUGGCGCGGGCAUGUGCGCUUGCCCUUUCUGGCUUUCUGGCUGCCACUAGAUAGCUCUAGCUUUUGUGCACUUGGCCUUGAAAUUUUCGUUUGCUCAAGGGCAGACUUGUUUUGUUCUGCCCAGUUUUAGUCUCAUGUAUCCAAUGAAUUUGUUGAAAAAAUAUAUAUCAUUGCUUUUGAUCAUAUAGGCAAUGAUAAUUCUAAUAA